AUUUUAACGUACAACAGUAUAAAUAAGGCAAGAAUAGUGCAGAGAUUGAAAUCGUUAAUGUUCUCUUGUUAUUGCUUCUCUGAUACUUUGGGGCUACAAAAAUGUGACACCGUUGGAAAGACUGCCUUUGGAUAGCAAUAGACGAUUGCAAGGAAUUCCAAGUGCGCGAACAUGUUUAUAGGGAAAUAUAAAAGCUGUCGCCAUCGACUCGUGCGCAGUCUCUUCCGAGUGUCCAAGGCACUGCCCUUGAUACGCGAUACCAGACAUACAAACGUAGAACAUAGUGAUAGUUGUCGUGUGUGAAAAUGGGUGAAGUGACACAAAAUAAAUCUGAGUCCUCCUUCGGGAUGCGGCAUGUGGUCAUAUUUUUACUGUUCCUGUCGACAGUAACGUCGUAUGCCACCAGGGUCAGCAUGAGUCUUGCCAUUGUCGCCAUGACCAAACCUAACGAGCACGGCUUUCCGGUAUUCGAAUGGGAGCAAAGCAUACGAGACACAAUUCUAUCAUCAUUCUUCUGGGGCUACAUUGUGCUGCAGAUACCAGCUGGUCUACUCGCUGGCAGAUUUGGCGGGAAAAUGCUUAUCUUUGUGUCUAUGGUUAUUACUGGUGUUGUCAAUUUGUUUACACCCUUGAUGGCAACUCAGGGUGACUGGAUAGCGGUGUGCGCAUGUAGAAUUCUGAUGGGUCUUGCACAGGGUCUAUUGUAUCCAAGUAUCCAUGGUGUCAUUGGACAAUGGGCACCCUUAUCUGAGAGGAGUCGUAUGGGAACCAUUGUAUAUUCGGGUUCACAGUUAGGAACAAUCAUAGAGAUGGUGAUAGCUGGGUGGUUAUCAGAGACCAAGUGGGGCUGGCCAUCUGUUUUCUAUGUAGCUGGUAUCACCUGCCUCGUCUUCUCUGUAUUGUGGUACAUCUUCGGAGCCUCAACUCCUGGAACCAGCCGUUGGAUAUCCAAAGAAGAAAGAAAGUUCAUUGAACUAAGUGCUGGCGCAGCUGACAUAAAUGAACAGAAGAAAGUGGCAACACCAUGGAAAAAAAUCUGGACUUCACUACCAUUCUGGGCGAUACUCCUGGCCCAUUGUGGACAAAGUCUUGGUUUUUGGACACUUCUCACUGAAAUGCCGUCGUAUAUGGAUAAAGUACUAGGUGUCGCUAUAAAAGACAACGGCAUCUACUCCGCUCUUCCAUACUUGGCAAUGUACAUCUUGAGUUUUGUGUUCAGUUGGACUGCAGACUUCAUGAUUAACAGGAAUAUUCUAUCUCAUGGAACUAUUAGAAAAAUCUUCAACACCAUUUCAUUUUGGGGCCCCGCAGCAGCUCUUCUAGGUCUCUGCUACAUACCAGCAGGUCAUGUACCUUUGGCCGUCGCGAUGUUGACCGUCACUGUUGGACUUAAUGGCGCUCAUUAUGUUGGAUUCUUGAUCUCCCAUAUCGAUCUAUCACCGAACUUCGCGAGUACACUAAUGGGUUUAACCAAUGGCUGUGGUAAUAUCUUCUCCAUCAUGGCGCCCCUGAGCGUCACCCUAAUUGUUCAGGAUGAGCACUCUGCAUCGGAAUGGCGAAAAGUUUUCUUCGUCUCCAUUGCGUUCUACUUCCUCAGCAAUCUCUUCUUCAUACUCUUCUACACUGGGACUGUGCAGCCAUGGAAUGAACCUAAAAUGAAGAGUUCUAUCGAGGAGGGUGUCAAAGAGAAACAAAGCGAUAAGGCUGCAACUGAACUGGAGAAGAUUGAAGAUAAAAAGUUUUAAAUGGAGUUUAUAAAAUGCUUUAAACUAGUCAUAUUGUACAAAGAUCGAACGACAGGUAUUUUUUGUUAAGACUGUACUUAGAUGACAUUUUAUGAAAACCGAAUUAAACCUACCGCUGGGGUUGUUACAAAUACGAGUCGUUAUUGUUACGAGCGCAUUUUGCUUAAACACAAUUACAAGUGAGUGUAAUUUAACUUUUACUACAGUAGUUAUCGCAUGUUUUACGAUUUGUUAAAUAUUAUUACAUAAAUAAGGCUGUGUCAUAAAUGUAACAUUUAAAAGGUCCUAUAAUGUAACGAUUUUGAUUGAAAUCGGUAAAUAUACUAUAUCUUUAAAGUUAAUAGAUUAAUAGACAUGUGUCCCUUCCUCCAUUAUGGGGCGUUGGGCUGACAGAUUUG